UCAUCCCCUCCCUGGAGUUUCCAAAGUGACAGAGUACCCUUGCUAAACUGCUUCCUCCCACCUGAUCUUCUGUCCUCCCCUCCAAGUCCUUCCCCUCCCCGUCUAUCCUUGCUGGGAACCAGCAGGUAGGGGAUUCCCCGUGCUGCUCUCUGCCUGGAUAAGGGCCUGGUGUUGGUUUUCUGAGUCCCAGAAAGGUAACAAAGAUUUGAGAGCACACACCAACAUACACAGACACAUCACCAACACCCUAAAAUCAAGAGACAGCCUUCCUUUAUCUUUCUGGGAAUUCUUUUGGGUUCUCCCCCCAGAGCUCCAGGGCAGCUCUCCAAACCUCUAUGUACUAUUUAUUCCUCUAUGCAUUUUUUUUUUUUUUGCUUCUUUAGCAAAUACUUCUUUCUGGACUUGAGCCAGCCCUGCUAUGCAUUCAUGCCCUAACAGCAUCCGCCCCUCCCCAAGCCCUGGGUGGGGCUAAGGCCCUAAGCACCUAUGGGUGUUUCUCAACCAACCCGGUCUUGUCUGACCUCCUGCAGUGGAAGGCUGCUGAUGAAAGCUUUGUGACAGAAAGGAGGGAGGUCUGUCUGAGAGCAGGUUGCACAGGCCCCAAGGUGCUGCUGAAAAGUGCUCUCGCCUGCUGCUUCCUCAGGAGUCGGCCAGCAGCCCUGCCGACCAGACCCCAGUGCUCAGCCAUGAUAAGAAGAGGCCUCCAAGGGGCAGCAAGACUCAGUCACCACGGAGCCCUUCUUGGUGCCGCCCACAUCCUGCCCAGACUCAACCCUGCCUCAGCAUUCGGAUCCUCCACGGACUCCCUGGUCUCAAGGUUCUGCCUAGAGAAGACAGAUUUAAAGGAUUAUGCCCUUCCCAAUGCCAGCUGGUGUCCAGACAUGCUGAGCCUGUACCAGGAAUUUCUGGAGAAGACUAAGACCGAUGGCUGGGUCAAAGUGCCUUCCUUCAAGUCCAACAGAGAUCACAUCCAGGGGCUCAAGCUCCCAUCUGGGUUAGCAGCCACCUCAGACAAAAGUGACUGGCGCCUCUUCACCAGGUGCAUCCCAGUGGAAGGACAAGGCUUCGAGUAUGCCAUCUUUUUUCACCCAUCCAAGAAGAAGUCCAUCUGUCUUUUCCAGCCAGGACCCUACUUGGAGGGGCCCCCUGGGUUUGCCCAUGGAGGGUCCCUGACAACUAUGAUAGAUGAGACCUUUUCUAAAAUUGCCUUCCUGGCUGGAGAGGGGCUGCUAACACUCAGCCUCAACAUCAAGUUCAAAAACUUGAUCCCCGUGGGCUCUCUGGCUGUACUAAACAUUGACGUGGAAAAGAUUGAGGACCAGAAGCUUUACCUGUCCUGCGUCACCCAGAGCAGAGACCAGAAGACAAUCUAUGCCAAGUGCUCAGGUGUUUUCCUUCGGCUGCAGCUGGAACAGGAGUAACAGUCACUCUGCCUUCAGGAGAGCCUACCUCUGACUGUCCUGCCUGCCUGGGACCCACUGCAGGGCAGAGAGGGCUCCCCAGGGAAGCCACUGAUGAAGUGAGGGAGGGGGCACUUUUCCCUGAGCAAAUAAAGUCUUACA